CUUUUCAAAUACACCUAAAACCAUAAAAAAAAAACACAAAACGCAGCAAUAGCAAAGGCAUAUCUAGGGUUGAGUGGGUUAAUCGAUCAGAAAAAUUUGCUGCUGCUAAUUCCAAUCGUGUUUCCGUCGUCAUCGCCGCCAUGGAUUCUCUGCUAGCAACUUACGCCUCUUCAGACGAAGACGAAGACCACCAACAACCAAUCCCGUCCAAAACAACUUCGUCUUCUUCCUCCCUCUUCCCCACUCUUCCUCCACCCAAAUCAUCUUCUUCCUCUUCUCUCUUCAACUUUCUUCCUCCUCCCAAACAACCCUCUUCCGACACACUUUCCGCCGCCCCCUCCAAUUUGACCGGAAUCUCUUCUCUCCCAAAACCUAAAUCCCAAAUCCAUGAAAAACCCAAAAGAGUCGUCCAAUUCAAACCCCCAAUCAUUCCUUUACCAAAACCCAAUCUUGAAGAGGAUGAAGAUGAUGACGAAGAAGAAGAACGAAACAGAAGAAGAAAGUUGGAGUCUUCCAUUCAAGCUCCAUCGGUGAAAUCAUUUUUGUCCAGCAUUCCAGCCCCGCGAAACUCUUCCACUCUUGGUGUUCAAUCAAGCUCAGGUUCCGGCCGGAGAUCCAUCCUCGAAACUAACACACCAGCACCGGAGCCAAGUUCCGGUGGUGUCUCUGUCUCAGUCGCCGCAGAGAGCAAUGUUCCUGAAGAUCAAAACCGAGGGGAUUAUGAAAAUUAUGAGAAUUACCAAUAUGCCACUGACCAGUAUGAUAGUUAUGGGAAUUACCAAUAUCCAACUGACCAGUAUGAGAGUUCUGGUGCUAGCACUGGCACUGCUUCCAAUGGUGAUGGGUAUGCGAACUACGGUGCCUAUGAGGAUUAUGGACAGUAUGAAAAUAAAUGGGUUGAUAGGUCGGUGCCAAUGGCCCCGGAGGAUUCUGCGAUUAGUGAGAGUGUGUUGAAGUUUACUGGGAAGAGAGGUAGGAAGGAGGUUCCGGUGGAAGUGAUUGAAGUGAAGCAAGAUGAGUUGAUGAAGAAUAGACCAAGAGAGGAUAAAGCCAAGCUAACUGGGUUAGCUUUUGGACCUUCUUACCAGCCUGUUUCAGCAAAGGGAAAGCCUUCAAAGCUAAUGAAGAGGAAGCAUCAAAUUGGUUCAUUGUACUUUGAUAUGAAACAAAAUGAAAUGAAACUCGCCGAGCGCCGUUCCAAGGGCAUGCUUACCAAAGCUGAAACACAAGCGAAAUAUGGAUGGUGAUUUGGGGAUGAUGCUGUAAUUUUAAGCACUCCAUUUGUAAAAUGAUUUACAAAGCUAGCUUUCAAAUGUAGCUGCAGCACUUGUGCUAUACUGUUCUGUAUGGAUACAUUUACAGAUUUACUCCAAUUUUCAGUGUAAAGAAUAAAUUUAUUAUCAUAUAUUCUUAUUGUGGAAUUUUGUAGGUAGAGUUUCAUUCCUAAUAAAAUUACAUUUCUUUCCUUUGAA